AUGGCGGAGAGCAAACUUCAGCUAGACCUUGACGCUUUUUCUUGCCCUAUUUGCUUGGAGUUACUAAACAACCCGGUAACUAUCCCUUGUGGGCACAGCUACUGCAUGAGAUGUAUUGAAAACCAUUGGAACAGAGAGGAAAAUUUUGAACUUUACAGCUGUCCACAGUGUAGGCAGAGCUUUGCGCCAAGGCCGGCCCUGGUUAAAAAUACAAUGCUGGAUGUUUUGGUGGAGCAGCUACAGAAAAGUGGAUACCAGUCUGCGUCUACUGACCACUGCCCUGCUGAGAAGACAGAUAUAACUUGUGAUAUCUGCAUUGGUAAUAAACUAAAAGCAACAAAGUCAUGUUUACAAUGUGUAGCUUCCUAUUGCGAGGUACAUUUACAACCUCACUACCAAUCAGACGCUUUGAGGAAACACCAACUGAUGACGCCAACCAGAAAUAUCCAAGAAAAUAUUUGUACCAAACAUAAUGAAGUAAAGAGGAUGUUUUGCAGUACAGAUCGGGAGCUCAUUUGUGUAGCCUGUUGCAUGGAAAAACAACAUAUUGGUCAUUGUGUAGUUACAGCUGCAGAGGAGAGGGAUAAGAAGCAGCUAGAAGUUGAAGCAAGACAUCACCAAGUUGUGCAGAAAAUUCUAAAUAAAGAAACUGAUUUGGAAAGUGUCAAAAAAGAAGAGCUUGAUCUAAAAUGCAAUGCAGAGGAAGCAGUUGAAAUUACAGUGGAGAGCUUUACUGGGCUGAUUCAUCUAAUUCAGAAAAAAAUGUACGACAUAGAACAACAAUUAUGGAAAUGGCAAAAAGCAGAAGAGGAGAAAAUCCAACAGCGUUUGGAAAAUCUGGAAUUUGAGCUUAAAGAACUGAAGAUGACCCAAGCUGAACUGAACUCUUUAGUGCAAACUCCUGACCAUAACUUCUUCCUACACAAAUAUACAAUGUUAUCCAGUGAAAUCCAGACAAAAGACGACAUCCAAAAUACAGAAAUGUCAACUGAAAAUACUGUAACAUUUUUGGAUCGUGUAUCUAUCUCUGUGGCAGAUCUAACUGAUAACUUAAAGCUUUCUCUAACGGAAGAACUAGCUAAAAUACUACCAGAAACUCAAAAGAUGCCAACUCAACCAGAUCCAAAAACAAGAGAGGACUUUUUGAAAUAUUCAUGUCAAAUUACAAUGGACUCCUACACUGCCCAUUCACAAAUCAAGCUUUCAGAUGGGGACAGAAGAGCUACGCUUAUGGAGGAAGACCAAAAAUACCCCAAAAAUCCUAAUAGAUUCAGCUACUAUUGGCAGGUUUUGAGCAGAGAAGAUCUGAUCAGUCGCCAUUAUUGGGAAUUGGAAUGGAGAGGUUCAAUGGUGGAUAUAGGAUUCGCAUAUAAGAGUUUAAAGAGAAAAGGAAGUAGCAAUGAAUGUGUUUUUGGACUUAAUGACAAAUCUUGGGCUUUAUGUAUUGACAAAACUGGCUGUUUGUUUAAGUUUAACAAAGUCCAAUCGCAGGUCUCUGGUCCGAUUCCAGCUAAAAUAGGGGUCUAUCUGGAUCACGAUGCAGGGGUGGUGUGUUUUUACAGUAUUUCAGACACAAUGACGCUUCUGCACAGAGUCCAGACUACGUUCACACAGCCGUUGUAUGUGGGGCUAAGGUUUUACUGGGGAUUAUAUUUUACUGGAGAUACUGUACAAUUUCUCACUCUUGAGUAAGAGCAUGGGGAAAGCCAAUAAUGUAACUUUUCAUGUGUGGUCAUCUGCUGACUUUUCAAGAAUAGUGCACAGUCAUGAAACGUAUUAAUCUCCAUGGAGACAGCCAUUAGGCCAAAGUUCAGUCAGGUUGUGGAGAUGAGAAUGCAAGUUUUUCCAAGUUU